UGCGUCUAAAUAAAUGUAGAUUUCCAGAAAUCUUUCUGACUACAUAAAGUUGGUAUAUAAACAUACUAUUUUUGAAUCAUGAAGGGUGCAUCAAAAAAACGGAACACAUGUAGAAAGUAACGCUGUAGCGAUAUCUUUAUGUAGUUUGGAAGCCCUUAGUGUUAAACCUGGAUAUGGUUGUGGAUUUUACAGUAGGUUAAUAAUCUUAUCAUUCAAACCGACCCUGCACGAGUCUGAAUUAAUUAAUCCAGUACAUCGGAUAAAGGUCAGGGAGUUUCGUAUUUGAUCCAUUCAAUCGAAACUGCCCUGUCCUUUCUUCAAUAGUUUUGUCUAUAGACACGCGCCUGCUAGGGGGGGGGGUCACUCGUGCGUUGUCGCCCAGCAGCCAAUCACAGAACGCGUGUGUGCCAGGUCUUGCCUAUAAAUAUUAGCUGUUUCUAACAAACAGCACAAACAUACUGUACUUCUGUUUUAUCCUCAUCAACAUCUUCUCAACUGAGCUCUACAAACUUAACUAUCUAUCUUCAAGAUGGAAGCUAUUGGCAAAUCUUUGAAGGAAGCUCUCAAGUCUGCCCAGUGUGAGGAUCGCCUCACUGUUGGUGUCUAUGAGAGUGCCAAAAUAAUGAAUGAUGACCCAGACAGCGUGUCUUUCUGCAUUCUGGCCACCGAUGAGGAGUGGGAGUGUGACAUUGCUCUCCAGAUCCACUUCACCCUCAUCCAGUCUUUCUGCUUUGACAACGACAUCAGCAUCGUCAGAGUGAACGACAUGCAGCGCCUGGCUGAGAUUGUUGGUGACAAGACUGGCCAGCUUGAAGAUGCCCACUGCUGUCUUAUCACGAACCCAGCUGAUGGUUCUUGGGAGGACGCUGCUCUGGAGAAGCUGCACCUGUUCUGUGAGGAGAGCCGCAGUCUGAACGACUGGGUUCCUGAGAUCACCCUUCUUGAGCGCUGAUCUGGAACUUGAUUCUUCUCUCUUGAGAUGCUGUAAACCUUCAACCUAUAAGGAAAUACUCAUCCGUUUACAGGAUGACACUGUUUCUCAUCCCUGGAUACUCCUGAGGAGGAUUCCGAUCCAGGCAGCCCGUGGCCGGCCCGAGUGGCCCCCGCGAUUCGUUGUCUCUUGUCCCGUCCAUACCAAGAUGACUUCCAUUCUUUAUGUGAAUGAGGUCAGGUAUGCCACGAGAGCAACAAAAAUGGCCCUCAUUCUUUGUGCGGAUGAGGUUUGGAGAGAAAGGAGAAGCGAGCUCUGCAUCUUGUGGUCCAAAGAGCAAACGUCUCACGUUGAAGCACGUGCAGUAGGAGAAGAAGCGGUGCCAAGAAGAAGCGUUCUUAAAAAGGGACUUUUAAAAUGUCUUCUUGCUGAGCAGCAAUAACAACCGUUGCAUCAGCAAUGUACUUCUCACUUUCCAGAAUUGUCUUAAUUCUCUAAAGGUUUCAUUUUAGAUGAUUUAAAUAUGACAAAAACAAAAAACAGAAAGAAAACAAAAAAAUGUACUAAUACUCUAAAGGUUUAACUUUAGACCUUUAACAUGAGAUUUAUUAACAUUUUUAUGAAAGAUUAUUUCAGUUGUUAUUAUCUAAAAUGUUACAAUAUUGAGCUCCUGAUUAUGUCAACAACUAAAAAGAAAGAUAUAUUACAUUUGUUAUAAUUAAUUAAAAUGCCUUUAUUUGUAUGGCCUUCGUCGGGGAGUACAGAAAAAGGAGCUACAGUAUUUAUUUUUUUUAUUUUAUUUUACCGUUAUUUUACCAGGUAAGUUGACUGAGAACACGUUCUCAUUUGCAGCAACGACCUGGGGAAUAGUUACAGGGGAGAGGAGGGGGAUGAAUGAGCCAAUUGUAAACUGGGGACUUUUAGGUGACCAUGAUGGUUUGAGGGCCAGAUUGGGAAUUUAGCCAGGACACCGGGGUUAACACCCCUACUCUUACGAUAAGUGCCAUGGGAUCUUUAAUGACCUCAGAGAGUCAGGACACCCGUUUAACGUCCCAUCCGAAAGACGGCACCCUACACAGGGCAGUGUCCCCAAUCACUGCCCUGGGGCAUUGGGAUAUUUUUUUUUUUUUAGACCAGAGGAAAGAGUGCCUCCUACUGGCCCUCCAACACCACUUCCAGCAGCAUCUGGUCUCCCAUCCAGGGACUGACCAGGACCAACCCUGCUUAGCUUCAGAAGCAAGCCGGCAGUGGUAUGCAGGGUGGUAUGCUGCUGUAUUUCACCUUUUCAUGUGUAUAUUAUUGCUUACUAGGUGUGUCCAAUUUGGUAACCACUCCCUCUUCUAAUUAGGGCUAAUUGGAAAAGCCUUUCAAAAGAGGACAUUGUAUUCUCCUUUUUCUGUACUCCCUGACGAAGGCCAUGCAGCCCAAACGCGUCGGUUUUUAAACAACUUUGUUUCUAUUGAACAUGCCAUACUAAUAAAGGCAUUUUAAUUAAUUAUAUGAAGAGUGCCUUGGUCCUCCUUUCUUUUUGAUGACCAAUUUACCCCUUUUACCAAAGAGCACCUUCUAUCUACCAAAAUAUACUAUAGUGUACCUUAGUAGCGCUUCCCUUCCUCUUCUUUCUAUAUUACAUUUGUUGUUCUCUAAAAUGUUUUACUGUUGAAUUCUUGAUUAUGUCAAAAAAUAAGAAAGAAGAUACAUGAAUGAAUACAUUUGUUAUUUUCUAAAGGUUUCGCUGUAGACAUUACUUGUAUGACAAAAUGAUGAAUAAAAAGUUGAAUGUAAAUCUUGGGUCUUGAAU